CACACACACACAGGGAAAGUUAUAAACAGCUUGCUCUAAUGUUUAAACACUCAAUGUCACACACACGCAGGGACAGCCAUACACAGCUUGUUCUAAUAUAUAAACCCUGGAUUUCACACAUACACAGAGAUAUAGAAACAGCUCACUCUAAUAUAUUAAUCCUCGAUCUCUCUCACACACACAGAGUCAGGGCAAUGUGGAGGGAGCUUCGUAUUGUGUGUGUUGGACCCUGUCCCGGGAUAGCUCGAUGCCCACACUGGGUAUAAUCUUUUCCCUCCUCUCUCGAUUUUAUUUACAGAAACAACAACUGAUUUCUCUUUAAUCUGCUUCUUCCUGAAUUUUACGAUGAAGAUUUGUGUGAAUAUUCCCAUCCUGGUUAUCUUGAUCUUGAUCGAAAGCUUCUGCCUGGCUGAACCAGGCCGGGAACAAAGCCCUGACCUAGGUUUUAUUGCCGAGCCUUCACGUGAGGAACGCAGGAGGAUCGAGGGCCUUCAGGACAGGGCGGGCUCACGGCCCGGGCCCAUUGCUUGCCCAAUGACCCGGAAUGCGGCAUGUUCCUUCUAUUCUGAUCCCUGGAAAAGUUGCUCGGGUUCCGUAGAGGAGGAGGCAUCGCUGGAGGUGUUGCGCGCCUCCCUGGCACAUUUUGCAGCCGAUUCCUUUGCCGCCGUGUCCCGCCAGAUUCCCAGGGGCAAUGUGGUCUUCUCGCCCUUCAGUCUCGCCUCCAUUCUCACCCAUCUCCUGCUCGGGGCCAGAGGACAUACGAAGGUGGCCCUCGAAGGUGUACUGCACUACAAAGACCAUUUCAAGUGUGUUCACCAAUCCCUCAAGCUCCUCCUCAAUGCCAGUCACUCUCUCACCUCCACGUCCCAGCUCUUCUUUCGGGAGGGUGUGUGCCUGGAACAAUCUUUCAUUGAGCGCUCCGAGCAUUUCUAUGGUCAGCAGCCAGAAGCAUUGACGCACAACAGGACGGAGAACGUGGAGUUGGUGAACGCGCUGGUCCGGCGAGCAACCAAGGGGCUCAUCCCACACAUGUUGGACUCCGUGUCUGAUGAUACCAUCUUCAUGUUCAUCAACGCAAUUAUCUACUCCGGGAAGUGGAAGACCACGUUCGAUAAAGAAAUGACGACGUAUGAAUCAUUCUCACUGAACAGAAAAGAAAGUGUCCGUGUCCCGAUGAUGCAGAGUAUGAGUUACCCCCUGGCAGCCAUCUCUUUCCCCUCGCCCAAUGUAGAGGUCGGCAAGUUUCAACUAUUUGGGAAGAAUAGUUUUGUUGUCAUCAUGCCAGUGUAUCCUAGUCUAGAUCUGGCGAAUGUGGAGAGGAAACUGACCAGCGAGAAACUAUUGGAAAUUAUGGAUCAACUAUCUCAAGUAGAUUACAAGCCCACAACUGUGUAUCUGCCAAGAUUGAAAAUGGACUUCACACAAGAUCUUCUGGAUGCUGUUAUUGAAAUGGAACGGAGGUGCUCCAACCCAACAAACCUGUGUGGGUUGACGCAAGGGUCGGGAAUGCUGGUGAGCUCGAUGAUACACCGCGCUGUCAUCUCCCUCGACGAGCAGGGUGUGGAGGCAGCGGCAGCCAUGACCAUGACUGUCUCCCGCACCAUCUCCAUCUUCCAGGUCAAUCGGCCCUUCCUCUGGCUGAUCUGGGACCAUGUGCUUGGCUCUCCUGUGUUCAUCGGACGAGUCGUCGACCCCUCUGUCUAAAUCUCUUCGCACCCUCCCUCUCUCUCUCUCUCUCCCCCCCUCCAUCUCCCCCUCCCUCCAUUCACCCUCUCUCACCCCUCUCUCCACUCCAUCCCCCUCUCUCCCGCUUCCCCUCUCCCUUUCUCUCUUCCCCUCUCCCUGU